AUGUACGACUAUCUACCAAAGAAGUGGUGUUGUGAACAGUCAGAUAUGUGCGAAUUGUAUUAUGCUGUUGAUCCACAACCUAAAUGCUCGUCUGUUUAUCCUACAAGAGGCUAUCUAUUUGGAGAUCCACACAUAAUAACGUUUGAUCAGUUAACAUACACGUUUAAUGGUCUGGGAGAGUUUAAGAUACUAGAGCUUGAUUGGUCAAUAAACGUCUACUCAAUACAGUUUAAACUACAGGGUCGUACAUGUCGUGCAGUUAGCAGUGAUGGAAUCUCCACAAAUGCUACAGUCUGGUGCGGUUUUGUGCUAGCAUCUUGGUCUAAUACUCUUAGAGUUGAAAUUAGCAAGACAAACGAUCUCGUUAUAUAUGCGAAUGGGCAAGACUAUUCCCUGAGAUUUAGAGACAAUGCCAAUUUCAACGCUUUUGACAGUGGAUUUUAUCUUAGCAAAUUGCAGGAUUCUCUAAAAAUCAUCACGCCUGAGGGUAUAGCUUUAACCAUUUCAACGACUGACAACAUGUUGGAAUUGUCCAUUGCGUUGGAUAACAUGUAUCGAGGAAUCCCUAGAGGACUUUUGGGGAAUUUUAAUGGUGACAAGUCUGAUGACUUUAUUUGGUCUAACGGGAUAAUGUCUUCUACCACAUCUUCAGGGAGGGAAAUUUAUGAGUUUGGACAGUCAUGGGCGAUAACAUCAGACGUAGAAAGCUUGUUUGUAUAUGAAUAUGGAAAGAGUAGAUCAUCUUAUCAGGACCCCAGCUACACGCCUCUAUUUUUGGACGAGGUGGAUCCCAUUUUGAGGCAGGAAGCUGAAGCAGUUUGUGGAAGCAAUGAUAGUGUCCCUUGUAUCUUUGAUUACGUCGCAACAAACAGUACAUUGAUAGCGUCUAACACAUUGGCUGCCGCGUCUUUAUUUGAACAGCAAACGCAGUCUAUUUCAAACCUAGCUCCAGUUAUCCAUGGCAACACCCAGUUUCAAGUGACCGUAAACCAAACUACCUUAAUUGAGUUUUUCGGAGAAGAUCCUGAUAAUGACAGAGAUCAUUGUGAACUGGAUAAAGAUGGUUGUGCCAGCAACCCAUGCCUACAAGAAUCAAGCUGCACAGACGUUGAAGCAUCUGUUGAGGAGUUGAGUGGUCAGUCAUACAUUUGCAGCGUCUGUCCACCUGGAUUUCAUUUAGCGAUGAAUAAGCUGAAAUGUGAAGAUAUUGAUGAGUGUGCCCAGGUAUCAAACAAGUGUGAUAACAACGCCACCUAUAUUGAUGAAUGUGCUGAGAGGCUACACACUUGUGAACAAAUAUGCAUAAAUACAGCUCCAUUUUAUACUUGCGAGUGUGAACCUGGAUUUAAUAAAUCAGGACCACUAUCAAAUGUAUGCAAUAAACAGAAUGUUGAAGAUUUAUGUGCAAACACACAAAGUCAACCAUGUGUAUAUGGCUGCACAAAUUCAAGUGGGACGCCACAGUGUUUCUGUCAGUCUGGGAUGAAACUGGCAGAAAAUGGUUAUGCGUGUGAAGAUGAAAAUGAGAGUAAUUUAAGCCUCUGCUCCCAAGGAUGUUUAAACACAUUUGGAAGUUAUAGCUGCUAUUGUUUUAUGGGAUAUAGGAUAAGUGACCAGGACAAACACAGAUGUGAAACUUGUUUGGGGAACAAAUAUGGAGAAAACUGCACAUCCACUUGUGAAUGUAGAGGACGAGCUACAAGGUGCGACAAUGUCAAUGGUUGUGUUUGCCAAGACAACUGGACAGGGACAUUUUGUGAUCAAGAUGUUGAUGAAUGUCUCAACUCAACCAGCUGUAGACAUGACCAAUUAUGUGUUAACACAGAAGGUUCUUUUAAAUGUAAAUGUCUUGAUGGUUACACAGAUAGCAAUGGAAUAUAUUGA